AUGGCCGGCCUUUCCGCUCGCGUGAGGGAAAUCGGCCUCAGCGAGGUCUACCGCUGCACCGAAACGCCCGUCGUCGAUAUCGUGUUCGUGCACGGCUUGAACGGCCACGCCUACAACACUUGGGCUUCGAAGAACAACGGCACCUUCUGGCCCGCCGACCUCCUCCCCCAGGUCCUCGGUCCGAGUCGCGUGCGCAUCCUGACGUACGGAUACAAUGCUAACGUAACGGCGUUCACGGACGGCGCAUCCAAGGAUCGGCUCCAUAAUCAUGCGGAGACAUUGGCGUCGGGGUUGGCCGCGAAUCGAAAUCUGAGAGGGUGUCCGGACAGGCCCAUUAUCUUCGUUUGCCACUCGCUGGGCGGCCUGGUGGUCAAGCGUGCCAUGAUCCACUGUCGCAGUGUGGACAACGAGAAAAUCCAGCACAUUAGAUCCAUCUAUAUUUCCACAUACGGCAUCCUAUUUCUCGGGACUCCACACAACGGAUCAGACGUGGCAAAGUGGGGUGCGCUCUUGCAGAACAUCUGUAGCGUUGUGAUGCCCAAGAAGUUCAUGGAGUCUUCGCCGCACUUGGUCAAAGCGCUCAAGACGAACAACGAGACUCUCCAGAACAUCAACAGCCUGUUCGCCGACAUGACCAGUCGCUUCCACCUAUAUUUCUUCCACGAGACCUUGUCCAGUGAUAUCAAAGGAACUCGCGAGCUGAUUGUUGACGAGAGCUCGGCCGCGCCUUACAUGGAAGGUGUCGAACGAAUGGGCAUUGAAGCCGAUCACAGCCACAUGUGCAAGUUCGAUGAUGACGGGUCUCCCGGCUAUGAGGCAGUGGCAGAAGCCCUCUUGCGAUACUCACGCGACGCCCCAACUACCAUACGUGAACGGUGGAUCGAAGAGGAUAGAGGCCGAAGACUGAAGAAAGAAACAAUAGCACGGGAGAUGUUUGGAAAUGUCGAUACUGAGCAACUCGGUAGAAGCGCACCGGACCUUCGCUCUAUUGGUAGGCCACACAUGCUUCCUGGUCAUCAGUCUCCGGUCACUUUGAAUCAGUACGAGGUCGAAGAACCCGCGGAUCCUUCAUUUCCUUAUAGUAACGCUGAAUUAAUGGUACUUCCGUCUGAAAGAAGACGCUCUGUCGUAUCCGAGAUGGCGAUGGCCGAGAGCACCGAGCUGCCUCUCGCACGAUCCCUUCGGGCAGAUCCGCUCUUUGUGGUUCCUCCUGGCUUCCACCCGAAUGCAACGUUUGUAGGUAUGAAGAAGGAGCUUGAUGUCUUGCACUCGCGGCUGUACAAAGCCAAGAAGAGGACAGAGCGUCUAACGGCCGUGUUGAUUUGUGGAGGACCUGGAUCUGGCAAGUCGCACCUUGCGCGACAAUACGUGUGCACCCAUCGGGACAUUUACCCAGCGGGGGUUUUUUGGGUCGACGCCAAGUCCCUUGAGUCAACAUACAAAUGCUUUUGGGACAUGGCUCAGGCCGCUGCACUGACGGAUGGCCAGGAGUUCCAUUAUCCCGACACCAACCCAUCCCACAGAUAUGUAGACUCAUUGAGAGGAUGGCUGCAGAACCGAGAAGGGUGGUUGAUAGUGUUCGACGGAAUAAGUUUUGCACACGAGCAUGACAUCAACAACUUCAAACAAUUCCUGCCAUUUAACAAAAAUUGCAGCAUCAUUUACACCUCGGUGGACAAAACCCUGAAGCGAAAGCAGCGCUUGUAUGAGCCGUACUGCCUUCAGGUGAAGCCCCUUGAGCCAGAGGACGCCUGCAAGCUGCUUUUCGACGAUCUGGGCAUUAAAAGGCCCACCGCAGGCCAAAUCAGAAAGGCCACCGAAUUGGUGACUCACUAUGAAUGCCUCCCACUUGCAAUACACGCUAUUAGCCAUAGGCUCAGCGCCAUGUCGAAGCCGAUCGAGCGAUACCACCUAAAUUCACACCUAACUGACGAGAAGCUGGCCGAGCCGUUUCUGAGCAUCAUGCAUGAUCUGUUCCGCUUGGAGCACUUCGCCGCGCUUAAUUUGAUCAAUAUGCUCUCAUUUUUCAGUCACCAUAUUCCGGUUGGUCUGUUGACCUCAGGUCUCUCAGCACUUAAAUCGUGGCAUGUUGAGGUCUUGACCAGUCAUAGAAGCGGGGAGCGUGGCGAUCUCGAUACAACCAUCGGGAUCCUGAUUCGAUACGGCCUGGUUGAACGGGCUUCUGACUCGUACGCCCUGCAUCCCUCCGCUUUGUCACCUCAGGCAGAGAGAGACAACGUGCUUGAACAGAAGUUUGUGGUACCCGACCUUUCCGAAUCACAAACCGAAAGUAGCCAAGAAGCCUUCUUUUCUCCAUUCUCGCAGAGUGCCGGGACGAUUGACGUUCUGAAGAUUCAUAGCGUGGUCCAAGGGUUCUGCCGGGAUGAGCUGAAAAUGAUGGAUGAAGAAAAGAAGAGUAAGUCCGCCACCGGCACGAACAAUCCUGAAACUGGAUAUCAUGAUUCGUGGCUUGUCGUGGCUUGCAACGUCUUUCGCACAUCAUACGGGAAAGUCCGACUGGACCACAUGGAUGACUGCGGCCUUGUGAAAGAUUAUCGCGAGUUCGAGACCCACGCGUCGAGACUGAUUGAGAACUUCCCAAAGCGAUCUGCUCGCGAACCAGCCACGUUGCGUAAGGCACGGGAGGAAAUGAAAGCAAUCAAAAAGAGUAUUUCCCAGGCGAUUGAUCGGAUCUCACCAAGUGCCGGCUCGAUUCGUACCCAACGUUCGGUCUUUGAUCGGUCGAGUAGCUCAUCUUCGUCGGUACCUGAGUCUGCCGCAGAAGACAUGCCUGCUUGGCUUGGCCCAGAGACCGUGUCGCCCACAGUGGAGUCCCCGCAGGAGGUCGCUCCGCGGUCCCAAAGGUUCAAUCUUAAACCUUUCCUACCACACAUUUUCCGGCAUUCCAGCCAUGGUCAGUCAGGCCAAACUGAGGACCACGGAAAAGAUCAAGAGAAUACGGACGUUACAGCUACCGCCCCAUCUCUCUCGCGGACGAGCGAGGCAACAGAGAGGCCAAAGCCACGAUCGUCAGAGGGGGUAUCAAGUGCGAACACGCCGGAUGACCGCGGAUGGCACCUUGUGAAGAAGUCCUCAAAGGUCUCGAAGUCUAUCGACAAGCCCAAGCGACCCAGUUUUCCACAUCGUAUUCGCGGAUCUCAGCCUGCGGCACCGAUUCUUAAAGUCUUCCCCGUGGAAGGCAUAAGUGCAUCGAGCAAACCACAGGACACAGGCCGUAGCAGCUCUCGGACUUCAGCUUCAGAAGCGUUGACGGCUGUUCAUCAUGCUUCUAGCCCUCCGGUAGACGAUUCCAAGCGUACUCAGCGGCCUCAGAUGGAUGGCAGGCAGUUCGUGAGCGCCCCAGGCGACUUCACCAAAGGCAUGCAGAAAGAAAAUGAUCUGCCAAGUUACGCCACAAUUGCUGCCAGACAGGCACAGAAUUUGUCGGAAAAACCACGGUCAGCGUCAAUCCCUGGUAGAACCCGGUCAAGGAUACCUGGGCUACAGGACAAAUCAUCAGAGGAGUCGCUCUUCAACCGUCCAAGCAAUGUUCUGUUAUCCAAGGCCCCACUGACCUCGUCAACCUAUAGUGAGCCCGAUCCCACAUAUUUGAGCCACCAGCUGAAUGCUUUGGAACUCGGGAUGGCGGCCAGUCGAUACAGGGCUCCACCCGGUGCGUCCUUCAGUGGAAUUACCUCUCCGGUAGGCGACAUGUCAGCAAGCACUCCUUCGAUGACAUAUCUCUCACCGGGUCUGCCGUAUGAGGGCAACAUUGAGGUGUCAGUAGCACGCCGAUUGAGCACUACGCCGUCGACCUCAACAGGCCCCAUCUCUCAUCCAUCAGCUUUCAUGCCGGGCACGUCGCCGCCAGUUGCAGAGAUACAUGCUGGAUACACAUCCGAACCGGCCCCGGAGCCGAUGUCUCGUGACAUGUCGGCGAAGUCGCAGCAGAGCUGGGCUACCGACCCCGUUCCCUAUCCCCAUCGAUACCCCCCUGUUAGCGUGGUCUCACCCAUUGCGAAGCUGACCUCACUAGCAAGGCCCAGUAAUUUUCAAACAGAGCCAUCGUACGCGGCAGCGGCAGCACAGCUCCGGCCUUUCAACCCUCCCGAGGCUCAGGUCCCUGUCUUUGAACCCGGUUGGCCUCGUAUGAAUGUUGAGGGCGGACCUCAGUUUGGAGGGGCUGUUCAAUACACGGCAGCGAAGCAGUUGAUGCCCGGGUAUCCUGCAACAUUUCAUCCGAAUCUCUCAGGACCCUUACUGCCGCACGGAUUCACCAAACCGAUCGUGGAGCCUCGUGGAGGGCGAGCCCGGAGCGGCAGCUCCCCUCCUCGACACGAGUGCGAGUGA